CUCCUCGUGCCCGUGCCGCAGCCAGGGCUGGGGCGGAACGGAACGGAGUGUGGAGUUGGGACCCACGCAGUGACACGCAGUGGAUCUUUGUGAGUGAGAAAUGCGCUGGGAAGGCGGAGGAGGCCACGGCCGCGGCCGAGGCCUGCUCGCCCUCGCGGUGCUUGGCGUCCUGGCGGGGUGGGGCCCGGCCGAGGUCCAGGCCGAGCUGCUGACGCCGCCGUACUUCAACUUGGCCGAGAACCGGAGCAUCACCGCCACCGCCACCUGCGGCGAGGACUCGCAGGGGCCCGAGCUGUACUGCAAGCUGGUGGGCGCCAUCGGCGCCGGCGCCAACAUCGAGCGCGAGGGCAACAUCAGCCUCAUCCAGGGGCAGGUUUGCGACUUUUGCGACCCCACGGAUCUGCGAAAGAGACACCCGGCGGAGUACGCUGUCGACGGCGCCGAGACCUGGUGGCAGAGCCCUCCCCUGUCCAGAGGCAUGAAGUACAACGAGGUCAACCUUACGAUCGACCUGGGCCAGGAAUUUCAUGUGGCUUAUGUUUUCAUCAAAAUGGCCAAUUCACCCCGCCCAGCCAUUUGGGUCUUAGAACGAUCGACAGACAAUGGCAAGACAUACAAGCCCUGGCAGUACUUUGCCGAUUCUCCGAAUGAAUGUGAAGCAUUAUUUGGUCCUGAGACCCUGCAGCCAAUUACAAGGGAUGAUCAAGUAUUUUGUGAAAUGGAGUAUUCUAAAAUCGUCCCGUUGGAAGGUGGAGAGAUAGUUGUAUCCUUUCUGAAAAACCGUCCAUCAGCAAAUGAUUUCUUCAACUCCACAAUUCUUCAAGAGUUCACAAGAGCCACAAAUGUCCGUUUGAGGUUUUUGCGGACAAAGACUCUUCUAGGUCAUCUUAUGUCAGUAGCAAGGCAAGAUCCUACUGUCACUCGCCGGUAUUUUUAUUCCAUCAAGGACAUCAGUAUAGGAGGUCGCUGUGUUUGUAACGGACAUGCUGAGAACUGUCAUAUGACCAGUGCAAAAGAUCCAUACAAGCUACUGUGCCAGUGUAAACACAACACUGGGGGAGCAAACUGUGAGAAGUGUCUUCCAGGAUUUGAGCAAAAACGUUGGCGACAAUCAAAGCACUACGAGUUAUUUGAGUGUGAACCUUGUAAUUGUUAUGGGCAUUCAGAUCAAUGCGAAUAUGAUCCUGAAGUGGAUGAAAAACAUUUGUCAAUCGACAUUCAUGGUAAUUAUGAGGGAGGUGGAGUUUGUAAAAAUUGCGCCCACAACACAGAGGGUACAAACUGCCAUCGCUGUAAGGCAAAAUAUUAUCGACCCUAUGGCAAAGAACUGAAUGCUACAGAUGUUUGUCAACCCUGCCAGUGUUAUGAUCCCCGCUUCACUGGCAACUGUGCUGAGUUGACGGGCGUGUGCGAAUGUAAGGCAAAUUUCACAUCACCCAACUGUGACAGCUGUAGUUUUGGGUAUUAUUCAUACCCAGAAUGCAAGCAAUGUGAAUGUUUUAUUAAUGGCACCAGAGGUGGUGUGUGUGCUGCUGUGGGAGGUCAAUGCGCCUGCAAGCAGGCUUAUGGAGGCAAAUUUUGUAGACAAUGCACACAAGGCUUCUUUGGAUUCCCUGAUUGUACAGAAUGUGCCUGCAAUCCAGUCGGUUCUCAAUCAAUGGUGUGUCAAAAUGAAACAGGCAAAUGUCCCUGCCGAAGUAACUUUGGUGGAAGGCAAUGUGACCAAUGUGCUGACGGUUAUCAUAACUAUCCUGAUUGUAUCUUUUGUAAAUGUGAUGCCAGCGGUACGUUACCUGAAGUAUGUGAUAAAGGAACUGGGCAGUGCUUGUGCAAAGAAGGCUAUGAUGGUGAAAGAUGUGACAGAUGCAAACCAGGAUAUCACGGCUAUCCAAACUGUCACCCAUGCAACUGUAGCGAUAUUGGAAGCUCCUCUUCUAUUUGUGAUGCAAGUGGCAAAUGUCCUUGUCUAACAAACUUUGCUGGACGCACCUGUGACCAGUGUCGCCCGGGAUAUUACAAAUUCCCUGAGUGCUUACCUUGUAAUUGUGACUCCCAUGGUUCGCAAGGUGUCAGUUGUGAUGCCAAUGGUCAUUGCCAGUGCAGAGAAAAUUUUGAAGGAGCUCGAUGUGAUAAAUGUAAAGAAGGACUCUACAAUUUCCCUAUCUGUGAAGAAUGUAACUGCAAUCCAUUUGGUAUUAUCUCCAACUUUGCUGGCUGUGGUUCACUUCCAGCAGGAGAGCUAUGUCAGUGUAAAUCUCGUGUGGAAGGACGCAUUUGCGAUGAGUGCAAACCCACAUACUGGAACUUACAAAAUCAUCAUAGAGAGGGUUGUGAAGAUUGUGAUUGCUAUUUACCCGGUGUUACGGGUGGCAUAAAUGUUUGUGACACCAAGUCUGGACAGUGCCUCUGUAGGCCAUCAGUUGGUUCUCGGCGCUGCAAUUCUUGCAAAGAUGGUUCUUUCAAUCUUACUGCGGACAACUUAUUUGGAUGCUCUGAUUGCGGCUGUGACAUUGGAGGGUCCGUCGGCAGCACUUGCAACAAAGAAUCAGGACAGUGUACAUGCCAUCCUCGAAUAAUGGGUCGUACUUGUAAUGAACCAAUCGACCUUCAUUACUUCCCAACCCUGUACCACCUACAAUAUGAAGCAGAAGAUGGUCUGACACCUGAAGGAAAUACUGUACGCUACCGUUGGGAUGAAAAUGAGUUUGCCAACUUCUCUUGGAAAGGAUACGUCUUCUUCACAAUUCCACAGAAUGAGAUUAACUACAUUGUGAAAAUAGAAAAGCCAUCACUUUACCGUAUGGUGCUGCGCUACAUGAAUCCUGGAUCUGAACCAGAAACCGCCUACAUAUCAAUCAUUCCUGAGAGUGCAGUAGAUCCUCUGCAGACCCUUGAAGUUCUCUUGAAACCAACUAAUGGCACACCAGCAUUCACAACUGUGGCAGGAAAAUCCAACACUAUUCCUCUUCCUCUUGUCUUGGAUCCUGGAACUUGGCUGAUCACAAUUAAGUACAGGGGUGCACAACCUCUUUUAUUGGAUUAUUUUGUAUUGUUACCUGCUGCCUACUAUGAAGCUGGAAUUCUUUUGAAACCUGUUUCUGAGCCCUGUGUGGUUGGCAAUCAAAGUUUAUGUCAGCAAUAUCACUAUCCUAAAAUGAAUGGUUGUGAUAUAGUGAGAGGAGAAACCGCCCUUGUUGAUGCUUCGGGUAGUCCCCAGCCUAUCAGAGAGAUAUAUCAGGAUGAAAAGCACUUGAGCACUGUUGGUCUCACCAGCAACCCUACCAUGCUCUCCUCAACUCAACCGGAGCUUCUCCUAGACAUAACUAUAUCAGAGCCUGGCAAGCAUAUUCUUGUGAUAAAUUACGUAACGCCACCAGAUGUGACCAGCAGCACCAAUGUCACUUUAACAAUUCGCAAUGAGAAUUCCCAAUCUGGCCGAUCAAGUCUUCCUCCAUGUCCCUACACGACUCCCUGCAGGCAAGCAAUUAUUGACAACCAAGGCCGUGUUUCAUCAUUUCAACUUGAUGGGAACUACAUCAAGUUUAGUUUAAAAGCAGAUGGUCCGGCUAACGUUGCUAUUGACUGUAUAGUUGCAAUUCCAAAAGAGGACUGGUCUUUGGAUUACAUUCAACCUAAGCCAGUGUGCAUAAAGAAAGAUGGCCAGUGUGUGGCAGCAAAGUUCCCAUCUCCCCCAAAUACUAAGAAGUUUGUGUUUGAUACCGACAAUAGUAUGUCUUCAGUUAAACCCCCAAUGAUUGCGGACAAUUCAAGCUCAUGGAUAUAUGUUGACCUAAAAAAUCCCAGUGUGGAUUUGGAAGGCAAACUUCCUGGUCCUGGUCAAUAUGUGUUUGUUGUACACUAUCAUCAACCAGAUCAUCCAGGUUUUAAACUCGAUACCAUCAUACAAAAUGGAAAAUACCAUGAGGGUGUCCUUCCAAUCCUCCACUGCCCUUCAAACUCCGGUUGCCGCUCUGUUAUUCAAAAAACCCAGGGUGGAAGCAAUAGGACUUUACUCUCAGAUGACUUUAUUUUGACCCUGAAACUGCCAAACCAAGAAGCAUCAUCACACUUAGGAGUAUGGAUCAACCAAGUUCUAGUCAUUCCUGCAGAAGAAUACCAUGAUGAUAUUCUCAAACAAGACAAUUUAGACCAAACAGGUGCUUUCAUAAGCAAGUGCGGUCAGAACAACUUUUACCUGGACCCAAAGACCAAGGGAUUCUGCAGGGAGUCUGUGUUCUCCCUUACUUCAGCCUACAACAGCGGGGCUCUUAAGUGCGAAUGCAAUUUUGAAGGAUCAACAAGUUUCAAAUGUGAGAAAUUUGGUGGCCAGUGCCCUUGUAAACCUAAUGUAAUAGGAAGGCAGUGUACAGAAUGUAAAAAUGGGUAUUAUGAUUUUCCAAACUGCAAGCCUUGUGACUGCCCACCAACUGCUUCAUGCGAGGAAAAAACUGGAAAGUGCCAGUGUGCUCCCAAGAUUAAAGGGGUCAAAUGUGAUGAAUGUGAGGACAAUACCUUUAAUCUGGAUCCCUAUUUCGGAUGUGAGGACUGUGGCUGUUCCCCUGAGGGUGUUGUUGACAACAACCUGCAGUGCGAUUUGAACAAUGGAAGCUGCUCAUGUAAGCCAAAUAUUAUUGGACGCCAAUGUGAUAAAUGCUUGCAGGGGUAUUGGCAAUUCCCUCUAUGUACAAUUUGCUCUUGUGAUCUACGGGGCAGUAAAGAAGAAAUUUGUGACCAGAAUACAGCUCAGUGCAACUGCAAAACAAAUGUAGAGGGUGAAGCAUGUGAUGUCUGUGUUGAUGGUACUUUUGAUAUUCAGGCAAGCAAUGUCGAAGGCUGCACAAAAUGUUUCUGCUUCGGUAAGACCAGCCGCUGUGGCAGUGCUGCCCUAUUCCGAGCACAGAUACGGAGUAUGGAUGAAUGGGAGUUAGCCACAGUUACAUACCAACCAACUGUGGACAUAUCUCCAAUGUCGAGCCGUCCAGAUCCUCCCGGAUCAGAGGGAAUAGUAGCUGACUUAACAGACUCAGAAGCAGUAGAUAAAGUUGUUUUCUUCAAAGCACCAAGAAGUUACUAUGGAAAUAUGCUCACAGCAUAUGGAGGAAAACUGAAUUACACUGUUUUCUACACCACUGGUACUUUUGGAAAUGCCGUAUUAUUCCCAGAUGUGAUUCUACAUGGGUCUGCUACCAACCAAUAUCUUCUUCACUUUAGUGAUGAGCAGCCUCCAGCAUCACUGAAGUACAAUGCUUCUCUGCCUAUCAUUGAGGCCAAUUUCGUUCUUAGCAACGGAUUGCGUGUGACAAGGGAAUUACUUAUGCAAACUCUUCAGACUCUAGAUGAAAUUUACAUCAGGGCCACUUAUUGGGACCAAAGUGUUACCUCACGUCUUUUAGAUGUUAGUCUGGAUACUGCACAAGAACAGUAUAAUCCUGAUGGAGUUGCCCAUUCAGUGGAGCAAUGUCUUUGUCCCCCUGGUUACAAAGGCCUCUCAUGUGAAGAUUGUGCUCCAGGGUUUUAUAGGUCUUCAACUGGUCCCUAUGGUGGCUAUUGUGUUCCUUGUCAAUGCAACGGGCAUUCAGAUGUCUGUGAUCCCAUUACUGGUAUAUGUAUGGACUGUAUACACAACACCACUGGCGAUCAUUGUGAAGAGUGCUCUGUUGGCUAUCAUGGAGAUGCUACCGGAGGUUCACCAUACGAUUGCCUUAUCUGUGCAUGUCCACUACCUAUUGCUUCAAACAACUUUGCUACCAGCUGUCUUGUCAGCCCUGAUGGUAACAGUAUCAGCUGUGAUUGCAAAGAAGGCUACUUUGGAGCUCGCUGUCAUUCAUGUGCUGCUGGUUACUAUGGUCGGCCAGAAGUUCAAGGUGAUUACUGUAAGCCAUGUGUCUGCAAUAACAAUAUUGAUCCAUCCGAUGCAAAUUCAUGUGACUCUGUAACGGGAGAGUGUAUGACUUGUCUCAAUAACACUUUUGGAGAGAGCUGUCAGUAUUGUGCACCAGGAUUUUAUGGAGAUGCAAUCAUCCGUAAGGACUGCCAAGGUUGUAUUUGUGAUGUUUGUGGAACUGCACAGUGCAACAACUUUUCGGGUAUCUGUGAGUGUCUGCCCAAUGUAGCCGGGGAGAAAUGUGACACUUGUGCUCCAGACCAUUAUGGAUUCAGUACAUGCAAGGGAUGUACCGCUUGCGAUUGUGGUCUGGCAUCAGACAGUACGCAAUGUGAUGAUGUGACUGGACAGUGCCGCUGCAAACCAGGAGUGACGGGCAGGACAUGCGACAGAUGCAAGCCAGGUUACUGGAACUAUGGUCCUGAAGGAUGUGCCUCCUGUGGUUGCAAUCAAGAAUUCUCUCUUGGGUUUGGUUGUAAUGCUGCAACGGGUCAAUGUGAAUGCUUGCCUGGGGUCAUUGGAGAGAGGUGUAACGCCUGCCCCUAUCGUUGGGUUCUCAAAGAGGGAGAAGGGUGUUUCGAGUGUGAUGCUUGCACUCACGGUCUCUUGAAUGUGACUGAUGAACUUGCAGCUACAAUUGAUCCACAAAAGCGUGAUUUUGAGUCUGCAGCAGCUAGUCAUUUCACUCAGAAACGUCUUGAGUACAUAAAUGAUACUGCCCAUGAUAUGGCUCCAUUAGUGAUGAAACUUGAUCAUGUUGAUUUUGAUCCAAUCACUAAGGCUGUUGAAGCCCUUAAGAGUGAUGCUGAACAGCAUAGUCGAAAUGGAGAACACAAAUGGGAGUUGGCUAAGCAGACAGCGCCCGCUGGCUCUGCAGUGCAUCUUUCUUCACUUGAUCUAGAAAACGCCAUGAGUGUUGCAGCUGACAAGGCAGAAGACACUGUUAAAGAAAUUGAUACUAUCACCUACAGUUUGGAUGCAGGAUCAGGCACUCAAACUGAAUAUUCCAUUCGCAUCGGGGAAAAGGAACUGGAGGAGAUUGACAAACAAGACUUCUCUGACUCCAAGAAUGAAGCUGAGCGAGUAUUACAAAAAGCAGCAGAAGCCAAAGAGGACAUGGAAGAAUACUCAAAGCCAGUUACAGAUCAUACACACCUAUUGAAUGCAUUGCAAAAGCAGCUGGAUGAUUUCAACGAAAAAUUAGAGGAUUUGAGAAAUAAUUCAGACUCAACCUUGAAGAGGACAACUGAGACAAACAUCCUUAACCAGCAAAACAAGAAUGCUAAGGUAAAGAAUAAAAUCACUGCCGUUGAAAAUCUGGCAAAGACUGCUGCAGAGGUGUUAACUGAUUCAAAGCAGUCACUGAAUACAACAACAAAUUUAAUACUUGAGGCUAAGGAAGAUUUUGAGCAAAUUGGCAGUGAGGCAUCUAAGGUCAAAGAAUCUAAGAAUACCCUGAAUGACACCAUCACUGAACUGGGCAUCAAACUUAAGGAAAUUGAUGAUUUGAAAAUUUCCGCAGACAUUCAUGCUGAAAACCUGGAAAACAUGGCUGCUAAGCUAGAAAACCAGUUGUCUCCAGCCAGAGACAGAGCACAGUAUGCCCUGACUGCAGCCAAUGCUUAUGUGGAUAUUGUGAACACUACGCAAUAUGCAUUGAAAAUAGCUACUGAAGCAGAACAGGCAGCACAAAAUGCCUCCGAUCUGUUGCUAGGAUUAGGGGAUAAAACUUAUGAAUCCCAGGUGCGGUCGAAUGCACUCCUCCAAAAUGCAAGUGAUAAAUUAGGAAUAGCCCAAGGAAUGGCACCAAAACUUCAGUUCUCUAAAGAUAAUGUCACAUAUGUGACAGAUCUGACACAGUCAGGGGAAAAGGGAAUCGAUGACAUUGUCAGGGGUCUUGGAAACAUACCUAGUCUUUCAUUAAUUGACACUGUAAACAAGGCAGGUGAAGAAAGUGCGAGAGCUCAAGAGUCUGUGCAAGAUGCUGUGUCAGCUAUCAACGAUAUUUUAACUAUGUUGCCAGAGCAGUCACAGAUGGCUAAACAAGUUCCUAAAGAUUUUGGAGAUUCACGAGAAGCUAUAAAUCAAGCUGAUAACCAAUUGCGACUUCUUCCCAGAUUGGAUACAUUCAAAACAACUUCAGAUAACAUAAAUCAAGGACAAACAGCUCUUAAUAGGACUGGUGCUCUUGUGAAAGAUGCCAUUGAUGACUUAAAGAAAAAGGUGGCGGAAGCAAAAGAAAAUACAAACAGAAUCAAAGUUGGUGUACGGUUUUACCCUAAUACUACUUUGCAGUUGAGAAAUCCUGAAAGCUUGUCUCAACAGGCAACAUCUUCUCGAAUCUCUGUGUUUUUCAAAACAGAACAGAAGAAUGGCUUUAUUCUCUAUCUGGGCAAUGAGAAAGACACUAAUAGAAAAUUAAGACGAACAAAAACGGACGAUUACCUCGCAUUGGUAGUUGAAAAUGGCUAUCCAGUACUUAUUGCCGAUCUUGGUUCAAGACCACAACGGUUCAUUGUUGACAAGGUUGUAGCUGAUGGAAAUUGGUACCAAGCAAUUAUAGAGAGAAUUGGUAAGAGUGCCAGCCUGACAAUCCGUGAGGAAGGAAGGGAUGGGGAAGACAUUUUGCAUGUGAAAGAGGAUGUGAUCAAUGGCUCAAGUUCCAUUUUAAAUGUUGAUCCCGAACAUUCAAAACUGUUUGUUGGUGGUUACCCGACUUCCUUCAAAAUCCAAGACGAGAUCAAAGAAUCAUCAUUUGAUGGUGAAAUGGAAGACCUUGUUGUAGGAGACACUCCGAUCUCUCUUUGGAACUUUGUUGAUGCUGCCAAUAAUCACAAUGGUGCAAGAGAGAGGGAUCAGCUUGUGAAUCGUAAUCCGAACACUGGUUAUCGAUUUAAUGGUACUGGUCAUGUUGCUUUGGACGCCCGCUCAUAUCUUCAAAGGGACCGUUCCUCUGUACAAUUCGAUUUCCAGACCAAAAAAUCUUAUGGGCUAUUGUUCCUCAUUGGAAACGACAGGCAGUAUCUUUCUGUGGAACUCCGAGAUGGACGAGUCCUUUAUCAGUUUGACCUAGGAGAUGGAACAGUGAGGAUACUAUCUCCUGAAGGUGUCAAAUACAAUGAUGGAAAAUGGCACAAUGUAGAAGCAGGUCGUGAUCACACUACUGGUCUCCUUAAGAUUGAUCGUGAGGAAUCUGCAAAGUCCCAAUCAGGUGGUUCCAUAGUGGAACUUAUUGCAUCAAAUGUGAUGUACUUUGGUGGCUACCCGGACACCCAUUCAUAUAAAGAUGUCACAAACACUGGCUUUGAUGGAUGCAUUAAAGAUGUUCAAAUUGAGAGUGCUACAAUUGACCUGAGCAAGAAUGUAAAGGCUACUGGUGUAUCUCCAGGCUGCCCUCCUAAGCUUGUGAGACAAGUUUCAUUCAGUGACAAAGCUGCAGGCUACAUGCAAUGGCCUAACGUCAAUGCUUAUGAUGAAAUUCAAUUGACCCUGCGCUUCAAAACUUCAUCAUCUCCUGGCCUGAUUGCAUACAUCACGGAUGAAGACCAAACAUCUACUCUUUCUCUGUCUAUGGUGAAUGGCAUUUUAGUUUUGAGAUCAAAGACAGCAGAAGUAACUUCCAACGAUUCUAAGUACAACGAUGGGCAGUGGCAUGUUGUGACCGCAACGUAUGAUCAGAAUGGAUUGCAGAUAUACGUGGACGAUUAUGACAGUUUCAAAACACCAAAUCCGGGUUACUUACAAAUUCAAGAUGGAAGUCUCUUCUUCGGUGGGUUGCCCGAAGAUUACAAUCUCUCCCCGGGAGCCAGUGCAUCAGCCAAUCCAUUUGUUGGAUGUCUUGCUGAUGCAACUAUUGGAAGAGACCUCAUCAAUUUUGCCAAUAUCACUAGUCGCCGUAAUGUCAUUCUCAACAAGUGCCCCACAGGUUCAGAUCCUACUGACAACCCUGGACUUGAUGACGAUGGUAAAGGCCCAGAAGUAGAUGCGGAAGAACCAGCUGUAAACGUUCCAGCUCCAACUACACCUACACCCGCCCCGCUGCCGACUCCAGCACCGACUCCUUCUGGCCAGUGUGUCCUGCCAUUAAGUCCAGCUAGUGACCCAGAUGUGGAAGAGGGACAUGGCAUGCGCUUUGGAAGUAAACCACUCAGUCGUUUUGAGUUCGGAUCUCUCCAUAGGGCCUUGAAGAAUAGGUUUGAACUCACUGUUGACUUCAAAACAGAUCAACCUAAUGGCACGAUAUUCUUUGUUGCUGAUAAGAAUUAUCUUGAUCAUAUAGCUGUGUAUUUGGUUAAUGGCAAGGUUCACUACAGCUUCAACUGUGGUUCUGGCUCAGCUUUGCUUGUCAGCAAAGAAGCUUACGAUGACAAUCAGUGGCACUCAGUUAUAUUCUCUCGCAAAGAAAUGAAUGGCUCUCUUACUAUUGACCAAGUACUAGUGGCAAGUGGAGCAUCUGCAGGCAACACCAAGACUCUUAAUGUGGAACCUCCGUACUACUUAGGAAGCCUAGCAGAGCCUUUGCUUUUGAAAGAAAAGAAUCACCCGCUGAGCAUAUUGAAUAAUAUUCCUGGAUUUAUUGGUUGCUUGCGUGGCUUCAAAAUGAAUAAGAAGCUGGUCACUAAUCGUACUCUGUCAGAGGGAGUUUUGCCAUGUUCUGAUAAAAUUGAGAAAGGAUUCUUUAUUGGACCAGAGGGUGGAUACAUUAAAGCUUUCGAUAAAUUCCGAGUGGGCCUGGAAAUUAAUGUGUCACUCGAAGUGAAGCCCAGAUACACCUCUGGUAUUCUAGUGGCGGUGCACAGUUCCAAAGACUACCUUCUGUUGCAAUUGGUUAAUGGAACCAUCAAGUUCACUGUAGACAAUGGGCGCGGUCCCAUUACCGUCCAGUACACACCGCCUCAGCCACAGGAUGUGUGCAAUGGCGACUGGAUCAAAAUUGAAGCAAUGAAGUUGAAGAACUUUGUGACUAUUGGAGUCAAUGGAUACUAUGUGGAUCCAUUUGUUGGAGCUUCUGGCAGCGAUGCAACAGACACUCGGCAUCCAAUGUACAUUGGAGGAGUUCCAAACCUGCAUAGCCUGAGUGACCUUCGUGGAGCUGAAACAACAGAACAGUUUGUUGGAUGCAUCAGAAAUGUGGCCAUCACAAGAGACAACAAACCGUUCCCAAUGUCAUUGUCUGCAUCAAGAACUGUUGGCAGUGUCAUAAGUAAUGUGUGUCCGACCAUUUAAAUGGUGCACAAAUUAGAAGACCAAAUGACUCCCUGUGAAGAGUAAUGAUCAAUUAAGUUAAUUUAUCCAUGCACUGCCAUAAUCAUCUUAAAUGAAUUUCUUUUUGGCAAACCGAAUUAGUACAAUGCUAGAGUACUGCUAAUUUAUUUUUAUUAAUAAUAAUACCAAUAAAUACAAAAUUUCUUUAGUAAGUGGGAUACGUGAUAAGUGAAUAGGAGCAGCUUUCUUAUUUGGCAGUAAUUGUAUUUCUUUGUGUUCAUGCGAAAGAGGACAAUAAUCCAAUAAAAAGGGAAACAAGAAAGUAAAUUGAACUUUCAAAACAACCUUAAAGGUCAUGAAAUUUAUGUUUCUAAAGUUGAUUUGCUAAUUUCCUUUGAAUUCAACCUUGUUUUGAGAAGCUGUCUUCAUAUUGAAUGGAAUGAAUGAAAAAGUGGAACAAACUGUAGACUGAUUUUUAAUACCAUUCAAAGCUUGUAUAGAAUAGAGUAUGUCAAGUGCUAUUAUGAGAUAGAACGUUGUUUCUAAUUUCUUUAAGCCCACUCUGUAAGUAUGUAUGUAUGUUUGUAUCUAUGUAUGUAUGCUUGUGUGAAUGCUUGUGUGUAUGUGUUUGGUUGUAAGUAAAGAAGGGUUUGUGUUUAUUCGUAAGUUUAUUUGUCAGUAGCGUUCUUGAAUGUGUGUUUAUCACGGUUUAUGUAAAGGCACAAUUUAUAGUUUGUUACCUGAACAAGACAAGCAGUAUACUUUCUCACUUGGUACCAUGAUAUGAAUGAUUACACAGAAGUGUUAUUCUGAGAGGCAGUGGAUAUGGUGGACAUGGUGCUGUGUGCAACCUCUUACAGCGAAAAUAGAUAAUUUGUGAAUAGUUGUUAAAGGCUUAAAUGUUCUGUUUCUUGUUUUGUUUUGUGGUCUGUCUGACGUUUGUAAAUAUAUGUUGUAUAGAGUGUGAAAUUGAGGUUGAACAAUUAAAUAAAGUAAUGAUUGUUAA